GACACGAAAUGGAACUGAAAAAGCAUUUUUUUGAAUCGGAAAAGGCUGGUUUGAUUCUCCCUAUAUAAUCUUAGGGAGAGCAUGCGAAGGCUCGCUUCCAGCCAAACCAACCUUAGCCUUCUCAAAAUAAUCUCAAAAACAAAGGACUUGAGAUUGGGGAAGUCCAUCCACGCCAAAUUAAUCAUCUCCAACUUAUGCGAUAUCAUCGAGUCCAACUAUCUCAUCGAUCUCUACGCCAAAUGCAGGCACCUUUCUUCUGCCCGCCAAGUGUUCGACAUGAUGCCUGAGAAAAAUGUAGUAUCCUUCAGCUCGCUGAUGGCGGGUUAUUUCCACGAUGGACGCCCAUCCGAGGUGCUUUCCUUGUUUAAAACCAUGGCUUUCGGUCUUUUGUGGCCUCGUCCCAAUGAGUUCAUCUUGGCCACGGUCCUCUCUUCCUGUUCCGACAUGCAAGCUUUCGAAAUGGGUCUGCAGUGCCAUGCUUAUGUCCUCAAGUCCGGAUUGUUGUUUCAUUCAUAUGUCAGAAAUGUGCUGCUCCAGAUGUACUCAACUUGCUCUGGUCUGGAAGAUGCUCAAAAAGUCUUCCAGUCUGUGCCUGGAGCUGACAUCGUCUCUCUCAAUUCCAUGAUUAAUAGUUUCCUGGAGCAUGGACGGAUGGAGGAAGCAAUGGACGUUUUAAUAAGGAUGGUGAGCGAGAUAUCCCAGUGGGAUCAUAUCACCUACGUCGCAGUUCUAGGCCUCUGUGCCGAUUUUAAAAACUUAGUUUUUGGCCUACAAGCUCACUGUCAGAUCUUAAGAAGAGGAUUUGAGAAAAAUUUAUUCGUUGGAAGCGCCAUAGUUGAUAUGUAUGGAAAAAGUGGGGAUUUUUUUGCUGCCCGGUCAGCUUUUAAUGAACUUUCAAGUCGAAAUGUGAUCUCGUGGACGGCAAUGAUGGCUGCCUGUACUCAAAAUUCAUUCUUUGAGGAAAGUUUGAAGUUAUUUCUAAAAAUGCAAAUGGAAGGCACUCAGCCCAACGAGCUAACUUACGCAGUUGCACUGAAUGCUUGCGCAGGACUGGCGGCGCUGAGCAAUGGUAGUUCACUGAACGCUCAUGCAGAAAAAUCUGGAUAUAAAGCACACUUAACCGUUCGCAAUGCUUUGAUUAACAUGUACUCUAAAAGUGGCAGCAUUGAGGACGCUCAGGAAAUAUUUAAAGAUCUAACUUUGAAGAACACCAUUACAUGGAACAGUAUGAUUAAUGGCUACUCUCAUAACGGGUUUGGGAGGAAAGCGUUGGAGACUUUCCAUGAAAUGCUGGCAGAAGAGGUGGCUCCAACUUACAUAACUUUCAUCGGUGUUUUGUCAGCUUGUGGUCAUCUGGGUUUGGUAGACGAAGGAUUCUAUUAUAUCAAUCAUUUCAUGAGAAAUUUGGGGAUAAUUCCUGGGGUGGAACACCAUACGUGCAUAGUUGGGCUCUUGUGCAGAGCAGGGCGUUUGGACGAGGCUGAUAGAUACAUGAGAACUACAAAUUCUGAGUGGGAUUUAAUUUCAUGGAGAACACUGCUGAGCGCUUGUCAAUUACAUAAAAAGUUUGGACUUGGUAGAAAAGUCGCAGACUUCAUUUUUCAGCUUUAUCCUAAUGAUGUGGGCACUUAUAUCUUGAUGUCCAAUAUGUAUGCGAAGGGAAAUAGGUGGGAUUUAGUUGUGCAAAUUAGAAAAUUGAUGAGAGAAAAAUGCAUAAAAAAGGAACCUGGAGUCAGCUGGAUACAGUUCAGGAACGAGCUGCAUGUGUUUGCUUCAGAGGACAAUCAGCAUCCAUUGAUAGAUAAAAUUCACAGAAAGUUGAAUGAGUUGUUUGAUGAGAUAAAGGCGAUGGGUUAUGUUGCUAACACAGCGAGUUUUCUGCAUGAUGUGGAGGAAGAAUAUAAGGAAUGCUAUCUGAAGUUUCAUAGUGAGAAGUUGGCUGUUGUUUUUGGGCUUAUAAGCACGUCUUUAGGAGCUCCAAUUUAUGUUAUUAAGAAUCUUAGGAUGUGUGAAGAUUGCCAUGUUGUUAUAAAGCUGUUUUCGAAGGCUACGAAUAGGAAGAUGGUGGUCCGAGACGUUAAUCGUUUUCACUGCUUUGAAGAUGGACUGUGUUCAUGCGAUGAUUACUGGUGAUAUUGGUGAUUUGGUUUCUUGGCUUAAGCCGAACGAGGAAAGAUAAUUUGUCCCUUGAAUUCAAAAAUGAAUUAUUGAAAUAAUUUAUAAUGUAUGGUAAAGAUUAUAAAAGUUAAUUGACAGGAUGAUGCUA